CCGAACUAGUUCACUUCCCAAUAGUAAGUUUUUAUACCGUAGGAAUUUUUAUAGCUUGAAAGGCUGGAUUAAUACUGAAGCAUAUAUAUCAAUCAAAUGCAUUAGAAUUAUGUUCAUAUUCCAUCCUGGAAAUUCAAGAUGAGCACAACUUCUUCCCAAACUUCGAACACCAAGAGGCUAGAAGGUUUGGUGGCUUUAAUAACUGGUGGAGCCAGUGGAAUAGGCGAGUGCUGUGCAAGGGUGUUCGUUAAACAAUGAGCCAAGGUUGUGAUUGCAGAUAUCCAAGAUGAACUUUGUCAUUCUAUUUGCAGAGAACUUGGCUCUGAAGAAAUAAUCUCUUGUAUCCAUUGUAACGUGACAUGUGAUUCUGAUGUCCAAAAUGCUGUGGAUUUAGCUAUCUCCAUGUACGGAAAGCUCGAUAUCAUGUUCAGUAAUGCUGGAAUUUCCGGAGAGGCGGAGCUUAGCAUUUUAUCCACAGAAAAUGAGGAAUUCAAAAGGGUUUUCGAUGUCAACUUAUUUGGAGCUUUCUUGGCAGCCAAACAUGCAGCCAGGGUCAUGAUUCCUGCCAAGAAAGGCUGUAUUCUCUUUACUUCAAGUAUAGUCUCAGUAAAUUGCCCACAGGCUCCGCAUCCAUAUGUGGCAUCAAAACAUGCCCUGGUUGGUUUGGCCAAGAACUUGUGUGUGGAGCUGGGCCAAUAUGGGAUAAGAGUGAACUGCAUUUCUCCAUAUGUAAUUGUAACCCAACAGGCAAGGAAAACUAUGAGUAUGCCAGUGAAGGACAUGGAGAAUGUGAUUUCUGCUGCGGCUAACUUGAAAGAGGCAAUACUGGAAGCGGAAGAUGUAGCAGAGGCAGCCGUUUAUUUGGGAAGUAAUGAGUCCAAGUAUGCAAGUGGUAUCAAUCUAGUGGUUGAUGGAGGUUUUAGUCUUACCAAUCCAUCGUUUGCUAUAGCAACGAAGGGCUUAAUCUCGAGUUUGAGCUGUUGGAUGCAGGUAGCUAAUAGCUGCUAGUUAGCCGACAAUAAUUGAUUUAUAUUAAAUACUUGAUAAAACUAUGGUUAGCUGUAGUGUUCUUCAGUUUUGGAGCUGGUAUGUCAUGUGUUACCUUUGCUGUCAUAUCAGGCCUUCGACUUUAGUGCUCUUGGUCUAACUUACUCACUGGAGCCUCCUCUUUAGAUUUUGCUGCUCCUCUGAUGAUUUGUUGCUGUUGAUUUGGAAGCUUUAUGAUGUUGUUGAAGUGUUUUUGGGGAUCUCAAUCACAGGCACCAGCUUCGUUAGUUUUGUUUUGAUGUUGGGUUUACUGCUUUUUUGCUAUUUGAUCUUCUCUCGGUCUUCUUUGAGCUCUGUUUUGAUUUGUAUCCUAUUUUAUUCUGCUGCUACUUCAUGAUCCUUAGGUGUAUUGUACAUGUUGACUUUUUUAUUUUAUCUCAUUAAUAAAAUUAU